UUCGCCCUUCAAACAUGGACAGUUUUAUCUGGAAAGGAGUUUGACACAGGGACACGACACUAUCUGUACUUUCGCAAUGUCACAUUUCUGAGAGUUCAUGUUGUCUGAGAAGAACAAACUGAGAUUUAGGGCGCUAUUCAAUAUGUAUCGCUGAAUCGUUACAGAUUGCGGGAUAAAAAUGUAAAGGUAAUUUCCGAUUGAGCCGACAUGCAGCGUUUACCGUGAAUGCACUCUCCGCUAAAGCGGGAAUAUUACUUUGGGAAGGAAUGAAAGAGAAUGGUCCAUUUAGCUGGUGCCUGGGGAGUAAUUAGGCUAUUAGGGCAAAUUCAGAGAGAUGACUCGUAUUAAAGAAGCGUAAAGAUGCCAUCGUGGAUCAGGCUGACGCUUCUCCUGUCUGCGCUGCCAGUCCACUGCUUUCUGGACGGGACCUGUCCACGGAGAGACCCCCCUCCCAGGGUGCUGGUGUUGUCCCCAGGCAGCGCUCUGGUCUUGGGCUGCAGUGGGCAGGUGGAGGUGAACGGGCUGGAGGUGACGGUUAACAGGGCCGAACACACCAGCAGCAGCUAUACCACCACCGCUGGAAAUGGAAAAUACACCAGUGUCUUCACUGGAGUACACACCACCACUGUCAGCACCACAACAGACACCAGCGCUAACGGAACUACAGUCAGUGCUAUAAAAGACAGCAGUGAUAAGGGAAAAUACACAUUUUCUACCGGAAAGGACAUCAUUGUCCUUACCGUUACAGACACUCCUGAUGAUACCGGGACAGACAGUACGGAGAAAACCGUCAUCAGGAACACUCGUGCAGGAGACCACACUCCUCUUACUGUGAGAGAAGUUAACAAUGGGAAUGGAAAGAAUGUGGAAAAUGUAACAGAGGAGGAGUACAAAGGAGGAGGAGAGCAGAGGGAUACAGGGCUGAGUCUUUACACUGUCAAUCAACCAGGACAUACAGCUACACAGAAACAGGUUCCUCCUACUGGGGCAUCACUCCAGCCAACCAGAGACAGCGGAAUGGGAGGGGCUGACACUGAGCUGCCCUCUGCGAUGGACGGUGAGGAUGACUAUGAGGAAAAGGAGGAGGGGGGGAGGAUGGUGAGGGGGCUGAGAGGGAGGUCUCAGUGGAGACUGAACGGGAGGCUGCUGAGAGGAGGAGAGGAAAGAGGAGGAGUGGUGGUGUUGGGGAGGAGAGGCGCCACUCUGACCCUGUCCUCCCUGGCUGUGGGUGACUCUGGGAACUACAGCUGCCACCGCGGGGGCAAACUGGUCUCCUCUCUGAGGGUGAGCGUUUCAGUUCCUCCAGAGAGGCCUAAACUGUCCUGCUAUAAGAGGUCACCCAGCAGUAAGAUCCGCUGUGAUUGGACAGCCAGUCAACCGGUGACUCCUGUCCCUCAGUGCUACCUCCUCCUACGGAAAGGUCUCUCAGGGUCAUUAUCUCGUGUCAACUGUUCCUACUCCCCCCUGCUGUCUCGGUGUUGGUGUGUUAUAGGUCACCAAGAGAAAGAUAAUAGAGAGCCACACCUGGCCUACCUGUGUGUCACCAACAAUGCUGGCAACACCACCAGCCCUCUCCUAGACUUCACACCUCUAGACAUUGUUAAGCCGGACCCACCCAGCUCAGUGGUGGUGAGGGGUGUGGAGGGGCAGGAGAGGAGACUGAGGGUGGGCUGGGCUGUCCCUCACUCCUGGAAAGAGAGAGACCGCUACCACGAGCUGCUCUAUGAGCUCAGAUACCACACCAUGCCACACGGAACACAGAUAAAAGGGACCGCCACAGCCCGGUCCUACACUAUAACAGAUGCGUUGCCAGGAGUACCGUACCUGAUCCAACUCAGAGCUAAGGAAGAGUUUGAUGGCCACUGGAGUGAAUGGAGCACGCCUGUCUACGCCAACACCUGGACAGCCCCUGUGCCAACUGUGCUGAGCAAUCUUUCUACUGUUAUGCAGGACUACACAGACUACACAGACUCUGGCUCUGGUAUGACAGAAGAGACAAUAGUCUCUGAGUCUCAGGGUGAUGUAGAGGAGGUGUGGCCUCAUGUCCUGUGGGUGGUUGGUUCCUGUGUGCUGCUGUUAAUCACUCUGCUUUCUGCCUACCUCUACAGACACAGGGAGAAGUUCAUGUCUAAACUGUGGAGGUUGAGACCCAUCUCCUCCUCUCCUUCUGUCCCCUCCCCCCCAGUCACAGCCCCACCUACCCAGGAAGGACAUGCCCUUGUGAACUUUGACCACCCAAUCUAUGGGGAACCUGUCCCACAGGAAGAAGAGAGGAAGGAGGAGGAUGAAGAGGAGAAGGAGGAGGAGAAGGAGGAAGUUAUUCGCUUUAACAACACAAGCUAUUUUCUGGUCCAGAGCAACUGAUAUGCCUGCUCCUAAAACAAACCCCUUACCCCCUACCCCAGGACCUUACUGCUAGCCCCCUGUUCCCCUAAAACAAACCCCUUACCCCCUACCCCAGGGCCUUACUGCUAGCCCCCUGUUCCCCUAAAACAAACCCCUUACCCCCUACCCCAGGGCCUUACUGCUAGCCCCCUGUUCCCC